AUGUUGAACCAGACCUCUUUCUCUGAAUUUUUCCUCCUGGGAGUGACAGACAUACAAGACCCACAGCCUCUUCUCUUUGCAGUUUUCCUCAGCAUCUACUUUGUCAAUGUGACUGGGAAUGGAGCCAUCUUAAUGAUUAUCAUCUCUGAUACAAGACUCCACUCACCUAUGUAUUUCUUCCUGGCAAACCUGGCAUGUCUAGACAUUAGCUUCUCUACUGUGACUAUGCCAAAGAUGCUGGAGAAUUUCCUGUCUACCAGCAAUGCCAUUUCUUUCUUGGGAUGCAUAACUCAGCUUCAUUUCUUCCACUUCCUGGGUAGCACAGAGGCCAUGCUGUUGGCAGUGAUGGCCUUUGACCGCUUUGCGGCGAUAUGCAAGCCGCUUCACUAUCCUGUCAUCAUGAGCCGUCAGCUCUGUAUCCGGUUGGUUAUCACCAUCUGGACUAUGGCUUUUCUCCACGCCCUGCUUCACUCCAUCAUGACAUCUCGGUUGAAUUUCUGUGGUCCCACCCAUAUCCAUCACUUUUUCUGUGAUGUUAAGCCACUGCUGGAGCUAGCCUGUGGGAACACGGAACUCAACCAGUGGCUGCUCAAUACUCUCACAGGGACCAUUGCCUCAGCCUCCUUCUUUCUGACAUUUCUCUCCUAUUUCUACAUCAUCACCUAUCUCUUCCUCAGGACCCAUUCUUGCAGCAUGCUUCACAAGGCACUGUCCACCUGUGCCUCUCACUUUAUGGUAGUUCUUCUUUUCUAUGCUCCUGUUCUCUUCAUCUAUAUCCGUCCUGCUUCGGGGAGUUCUCUGGACCAGGACCGAAUCAUUGCCAUCAUGUACAGUGUGGUCACUCCAGCUCUCAACCCACUCAUCUAUACCUUGAGGAACAAAGAAGUGAGAGGUGCCUUGAACAGGACCAUCAGAAGACAGCUCUGA